AUGAAGAUCCUCGUCAAAAUAGCCGUACUGACCGCAAUAUCUCUGUGCUUGUUUAAUUUAGCUAACAGUCAAUCUUCCAAAAAUGCGCGAAGCCAGGGGCAACAGUCACUCUCGGAGAAGGUUCAGCAGCUGCUGGACAUGAAUGCUAAGCGCCCGGUGAUGCGAUUCAAUGGCAACAAGUUCCGUGACUUCGUCAAGUCGGCACCCCGUAACUAUUCGAUUAUCGUGAUGUUUACGGCCAUGGCACCGGCCCGGCAAUGCGUCAUUUGUCGACAUGCUCAUGACGAGUACACGAUUGUAGCCAACUCGUACCGCUACUCGCAAACCUACUCCAACAAGCUGUUCUUUGCCAUGGUGGACUUUGACGAAGGCUCAGACGUGUUCCAGAUGCUGCGGCUCAACACUGCUCCCGUGUUCAUUCAUUUCCCACCGAAGGGAAAACCGAAACCGGCUGACACGAUGGACAUUCAACGUAUUGGUGUAUCAGCGGAAGUGAUUGGAAAAUGGAUCCAGGAGCGUACCGACAUCCAGAUCAGAAUCUUCCGUCCUCCAAAUUAUUCGGCAACUGUAGCGAUACUGAUGCUAUCGCUUUUUGUCGGUGGGUUUCUGUACCUGCGCCGAAACAAUCUCGAUUUUCUGUACAACAAGCAGAUGUGGGCCCUGGUUGCAGUCGUGUUCUGUUUCGCGAUGGUAUCGGGACAGAUGUGGAACCACAUCCGUAGCCCACCGUUCGUGCACAAGAGUCAGAAUGGAGGGAUUGCGUACAUUCACGGAUCCUCGCAAGGUCAGCUAGUGAUCGAGACAUAUAUCGUCAUGUUCUUGAAUGCAAUGAUUGUGCUGGGCAUGGUGCUUUUGACGGAAGCUGGCUGGCAGAAUGAUCACCGCAAAAGUAAGGUAACAGCCAUCGUGGGACUGUUUUUGGUUGUUGUCUUUUUCUCCUUGAUACUUUCCAUAUUCCGUUCCAAAGCGCAAGGCUACCCUUACAGCUUCUUAUUUAAGUGA